UCCUCCGUCUGCAUUCUCCUUUCUGUACGGACCCGAACCGCUCGAAACAACUUUUACCUGCAUGCAUUGUCCUUUCCGUUUGCCUCUCCAAUACAAGCAUGACCACACAACGUGUUUACAAUAAGAAGCAACCUGCACACCAACAUCAAGGCCCCAGGAGUUGAACCAAUCCAGAUGCCAGAGCAGGAUUUGUUGACACCUUCCAUGUUUUUUCCAUCCCUCCUUGUUACAAUGGAGCUUUUGUUGCAGGGUUCCACUUCAUCUGUGCCACUCUUCAACACUAGUGUGCCAUUAAAUGCCUCAGAGAACAACACUGUUGAGCAGUUUCCUGAAAUCAACCUUUUUGAAAUCCUCGGUCCCAAGCGAUCGCCCUUUUUUUUCCCCGUGACAACAGUUUACCUUUUAAUCUUCCUCACUGGGUUGUGUGGAAAUCUUCUCACAUGUGCAGUAAUAGCAAAACACAAGAAGAUGCGAAACCCCACUAACUUUUACCUCGUGAGCUUGUCUGUUUCGGACCUUCUCAUGCUGAUGUUUGGGAUGCCAUUAGAAAUUUACGACCUUUGGGAAAACUACCCAUUCCCUUUUGGUGAGGGCGGCUGCUACUUCAAGACCUUCCUCUUUGAGACGGUCUGCUUUGCCUCCAUCCUCAACGUCACGACACUCAGCGUGGAGAGGUACAUCGCUGUGGUGCAUCCACUCAAAACACAAUACCUCUCGACCAACCAGCAUGCCAAACGGGUCAUCACCAUUGUGUGGGUGGUGUCGAUGAUCUGUGCCAUCCCUAACACCUCGCUUCAUGGAAUCUUCUACUUGCCUGAGAGAAUGGAGGAGUCAGCCAUAUGUGCUGUGAUCAAGCCUCUGUGGAUCUAUAACUUGGUGAUGCAAAUCACAACUGUGUGUUUCUAUUUUAUUCCUAUGAUGAUUAUUAGCAUGCUCUAUCUAGUGAUGGGCGUUCAUCUGGGUAGAGAAAGGCGGCAUGCUGGGAAGAACCUGUGGAAGAACUGCAGCAGCAGUACCAGGAGAAGAAUCACUGGGGAGAAUGGGCGCAGAAGGCAGGUCAUCAAGAUGCUCUCGAUUGUUGUGGCUGUAUUUGGAGUCUGCUGGGCUCCCUUCCAUAUUGAGCGGCUUCUGUGGAGCUCAGUCAGCCAGUGGACCGAUGUGAUGCACAAUGUUUAUCAGUACAUCCACAUCCUGUCUGGCAUCUUCUUCUACCUAAGCUCUGCGGUAAACCCUAUCAUCUACAGUCUGCUGUCCACACGAUUUAGAGAAUGCUUCCGGGAACUUGUGUGCUCUCACGCUGAAAGCAACAGCUCUGUCAGAGACUCACCACCAUUCCCGAAGAUUCUACUGGACUCCUCGAUCUCACGUUUGAGAACUGAAUAUGAGAUUAAGGACUCAACUUCUACCAUACCUUUGCUGUCUCCUAGUGUGACUUUGACAAUGGAAACUGCAGUCCUCCCAUGUGUAGCUAAAGAGACCAGCUAUAAGACCUCUGUUUUCUGAGAUUUGUGUGAAAUCUGGAAAUAAGCAGAAAUAUUUUAAAUUAUGUGUAAACAUUUGGAGAAAUUGGUUUAUUUGCUUUCUUGCUAAUAGACCGACACCAGUUUGUUAAUUAUCAAACUUAUCACCAAGAGACAGCAAACAUAUUUUUAAGUGAUGGCUGUAAAACUAAUGGCACUGGAUUUGUCUAAAGUGU